AUGCCUCCCAAGAAGACCGAAGGUGCCUCUGCGGCCAAGCCCAAGGCGUCUCAUGCCUCGUACCAGGACAUGAUCACCCAUGCUAUUGUUUCGCUCAAGGACCGCAAUGGCUCUAGCCGGCAAUCGCUGAAGAAGUUCGUCAAGGCGAACAACAACCUGUCUGUCACGGAUGCUAUGUUCGACUCGCUGUUCAACAAGGCCCUGCGCACCGGUGUUGAGAAGGGUGUCUUUGAGCAGCCCAAGGGCGCGUCUGGCGGCACCAAGCUGGCCAAGAAGGCCGCUGUUAAGAAGGAGGAUAAGGUGAAGAAGCCUGCCGCCAAGAAGGUCGCGAAGAAGCCCGCUGCCAAGCCUGCGGCGAAGAAGGCCGCCCCCAAGAAGGAGGGCGAGAAGAAGAAGGCUGCUCCCAAGAAGGACGCCGCUGCCAAGAAGGCUGCUCCCAAGAAGACUGCCGCUAAGCCCAAGGCUGCUGCUGGCAAGGUCACCAAGCCCGCUGCCAAGAAGGCCGCAGCACCGAAGAAGGCCGCGCCGAAGAAGGCAGCAGCAAAGAAAGCCGAGGCAUAA